GAGUUUAUCAGUGGGAGGAUAUGGCGGCCGAGUAUAGCAAGAAGAGGUUAUUGUGAAUGAAGAAGGAAAAUAGACUCAAAACAAGCAUUCCAAGUGUAUGAAGUGGUUAUCCUUAUGUUCUGUCUUUUCUAUAGGAGGAUAUAGCUGAGGAAAACCUGUCGCCGAUCACGCUGUCUUCGAGGAGGGUACAUGCUGGAUUUAAUACUGUUGGAUUUAGACUGCUGUUUGGUGAUAUGCCUCUGGGUUUACUGAUUACAGAAGCUGGAAACGCUGCUUAGUACAUUGUCUGAGGAGAUAGGGAAAGGAAACAACCCUUCUUAGAAAUGAUUUUUUUGCAUGUCGAAGGAUGUACACUUCUUUGACGGACCUCUUGGCUCAUGUAUCUUUUGUAGAUUAAGAUCUGAACAGCUUGGACUUGACAAGAACAUCAAGCCUGUGUAUAACUGUAUAAGCAAAGACAGAAGAGUCUCCAGGUUUCUUGGUUUUCGUUGUGGUCCAGGUAUUGGAUAAAGAGCUCAUUACUUCCUAAUGUGAUGCACAGGAGUCUGUAGAUAGGUUCAGAGGUAUGGCCUUCAAGGUUGUCCAAAUGAUGCACUUUUAUCUUCAUUGAGCAAGGCCCUGAGUACUUCUCGUAAGCCAAGCACCAGCCUGUAAACCACCUGCUCUCAGGCAUUUCGGUACUCUAAACAGCAUGGCAAAGUAUUCAACAUAGCCUUCACCAGUGGUCCUCCAGUCCUGUCUGCAGCACAGUCGCAGUUAAAAGGACUCUGGACAUCAUGGAAAUUUGGCUUCUUCUCAUUUUGGUGGGCUUUUACCUACCAUUUCUUCUUGCAGAAAACACGACACCAGUUGUAGAGUCAUCAACUUUGAAAACGGCGAGUAGUGGAACCUCACCUGAGAGCACUACAGGUACAGGAAAAAAUGAAGCUGUCACUUCCACUGCUGCCACUAUUACAGCUGGAAAUACCACCCAGCCACCGUACACUAAUGGCAACUCUACAAAUGUGACAGCACCAAAUGCAACUUUUCUUAAUAUAGCUACAUCAGGUACAAUAAUUACAGCAGCCACAACAGCCUUCAUGACACCAUCUGGAAAGCAAGAAGAAACAUAUGUCACCACUGUCAGUGAAGAUACUACCAGCUUGAACGCCAAUACCAACAUUACUGUAGGUUCCUCAACUUCUAGUCUUGGAGGUGAAACAUCCACCAAUUCUGAUGAGACACCAAUUAUUGCCGUAAUGGUUGCACUCUCAUCAUUGCUGGUUAUCGUGUUUAUAAUCAUUGUCCUUUACAUGCUAGCUCUCCCAGUAUGUCCUAUUCAAGCAACAUGUGAAGCUGCAUCAAAAGAAGAAAACAAAGAGAAGAACAGAUAUGUAAACAUUUUGCCUUAUGACCACUCAAGAGUUCAUCUCACACCAGUGGAGGGAGUUCCAGACUCUGACUACAUUAAUGCUUCCUAUAUCAAUGGUUACCAAGAGAAAAACAAGUUUAUUGCUGCACAAGGUCCAAAAGAAGAAACGGUGAAUGACUUUUGGAGAAUGAUUUGGGAGCAAAAUACAGCCACAAUAGUUAUGGUCACAAACCUGAAAGAGAGAAAAGAGUGCAAAUGUGCUCAGUAUUGGCCGGACCAGGGCUGCUGGACAUAUGGAAAUAUCAGAGUGUCUGUUGAAGAUGUAACCAUCUUAGUAGAUUAUACAGUUCGGAAAUUCUGCAUUCAGCAGGUAGGUGAUGUAACCAACAAGAAACCUCAACGACUUGUUACUCAGUUCCACUUUACCAGCUGGCCAGAUUUUGGUGUUCCCUUCACUCCAAUUGGCAUGUUGAAGUUUCUGAAAAAAGUAAAAUCUUGUAAUCCUCAGUAUGCUGGGCCCAUUGUUGUACACUGCAGUGCUGGUGUUGGACGAACGGGCACCUUUGUAGUUAUAGAUGCCAUGCUGGACAUGAUGAAUGCAGAAAGAAAGGUUGAUGUGUAUGGAUUUGUUACACGAAUACGAGCUCAGCGAUGUCAGAUGGUACAAACAGAUAUGCAGUAUGUGUUUAUAUACCAAGCAUUACUGGAGCACUACUUGUAUGGUGAUACUGAACUAGAAGUAACAUCUUUGGAAACUCAUCUUCAAAAACUCUAUAACAAAUGUGCAGGGACCAAUAGUAAUGGGCUGGAGGAGGAAUUUAAGAAAUUAACAUCAAUCAAAAUUCAGAAUGAUAAAAUGAGGACAGGGAACUUACCAGCCAACAUGAAGAAAAACAGGGUUCUUCAAAUAAUUCCAUAUGAAUUUAACAGAGUAAUCAUUCCAGUUAAAAGAGGUGAAGAAAAUACAGAUUAUGUUAAUGCAUCAUUCAUUGAUGGCUAUCGUCAGAAGGACUCUUAUAUUGCCAGCCAAGGACCACUACAGCACACAACUGAGGACUUUUGGCGAAUGAUCUGGGAGUGGAAGUCCUGCUCCAUUGUCAUGCUAACAGAGCUGGAGGAAAGAGGCCAGGAAAAAUGUGCCCUUUACUGGCCCUCUGAUGGGUCUGUGUCAUAUGGUGAUAUUACCAUUGAACUGAAGAAGGAGGAGGAGUGUGAAAGCUAUACAGUGAGGGACCUACUUGUAACAAACACCAGGGAAAACAAAUCUCGCUUGAUCAGACAGUUCCAUUUUCAUGGGUGGCCGGAGGUGGGAAUCCCUGCUGAUGGCAAAGGGAUGAUUAACCUUAUAGCUGCUGUGCAGAAACAACAACAACAAUCUGGUAAUCAUCCAAUCACAGUCCACUGUAGUGCUGGAGCAGGAAGGACAGGGACAUUCUGUGCCCUGAGUACUGUACUAGAACGUGUUAAAGCAGAGGGGAUCUUGGAUGUUUUCCAGACAGUAAAGAGUUUACGGUUACAGCGACCACAUAUGGUCCAAACACUGGAACAGUACGAAUUUUGCUACAAAGUGGUGCAGGAAUAUAUCGAUGCAUUCUCAGAUUAUGCCAACUUCAAAUGAAUUUAUAAAUACAGAAGAGUUGCCUUUUUGAUAUUUUGUAAUAUUCUAUUUGUUAAUAUACCCAAAUCUAUGUGUAUAUAUUAUAUAUAUCUUAACUGUUUUAGUAAUUGGUACCAUAAGCUUCAUAUUUGCUGGAGAUUUUAUAUGUAGCAGUUGUCAGCACAUAUAGUCUCCAUUCAGAUGUUUACUGGGGACUAAAAUAGCUUGAUGUUUGGAUUAAUAUUAUUGAAUUGCCUCCCUGUGGGAGAAUGGUACAGACUGCUUUCUUAUUUUAAACAUUCAUUUAGGGAGAGGACGUAUUAAUUAAUUCCCAGUAGCGUAGUGUUCUUAAACUGUGAAUGUGCACAGUUGUUAAUUUACAGUUCUUGAUUUUUUUUAUAUCAGUAUUUUUAUUUCUUUUAGUGAAAUUGUUGGUUUAUUGUUAAUGUUGCUUUUUUCCAGCAGUAAGCAGUACACUGUGCCAGAUAUUCAUAGCAUAUGCUGCAUAUUUAGAGUUUUUCUCCCUGAAUGAAUUUUAUUUAAAUAAAGUGUGUACCUGUCUCCA